CUUAAUGCCCUGUCCUUCUGGCAGCCAGACGGACAGGACCGUAAUCCGCGUUUUGAAGUAGACUUUGAGAGAUUCAUCCUUCUGACAGGUGUCGUCAUUCAGCUAGAUUCACACUACUCGGGAAUGGACGGAUACAUGGUGGAAUACGGAUGGGACGGACUGACAUGGACGCGAUACGUGGACGAAUACGGAGGGGACGUCCACUUCUGUGGGACCCUCGAUGACGAUUAUUAUAACAUACAGCAUCUUCCAAAGGCGGUUGCAGCCAGACACAUUGCCAUCUUACCUCUCUUUAAGGCAAAUGUCUACAAUAAUUUCCAUUUCCGUGUCGAAUUCCUUGGCUGUGACACGACCAACUGCAACGUUGAUCUAAGAGCUGGAAAUAUGUUUGAUAUCUAUAAUCUUCAAUGUAGUGGAUCAGAAUGCUACUCAAAUGCUAAAGCCUAUCGCGGAAGGUUUAAUUCACCAUCUCACGGCACUUGUGGAAAUUGGAGUUGCGAACAACGCCAAAGAGGCCAUUGCCUUGAAGAGAACUUUUGUCGUGUCUCCCCUGAUUCCGAUGGAACACAGUUGGUUUGUCCUUCAGCCAGUAACAGUUCAGUGACUGUUCCUUGUGUUGACAUGCCGCGUUGUUCCAUUAACACAGGCGAAGAUGACAACACGUUUCCUACCAGUAGAACCUUCUAUCAGCAUUUCUUUGCCAAGCAGUACUGCCACGAGAGGGAAAAGGACUUGUGCACCAGAGAAGACAUCAGCUUGAUGAAGUUAGAUGAUCACUUCUCGUCUGGUCGGGGAUGGUUCGCCGAACAGGAACAACAAAUGAGCAUUACCGCGGGACGAAUGGUCUUUGAACGUGACGUACAAGCGGGUAGACCUGCCUACUGUUGUGACAAACUGUUCAGGGUCACCAGCAAAAGCCACAACAGUCAUCAGACUGCAUCAAGUGCAUGUGGUCAGCUCGGUAUGCAAUUAUGCACAAUCAACCAACUUGAAGCAGCGCACAAAGUCGGCAUUCGUCGAAGCGAGUAUCCCGACGACCUCGCAUGGUUUUCAGCCCCGGACAAAGUUGCCUUACUGAACGAUACUUGCGGAUGCUCAGUUGGAGAAAUGUGCCACAAGACGAUGAUACCCUUCCGUCGUCCUGAUCAUCAGAAUUCCUACAGGGCAUUGUGUUGUCAAGUGACGUUUGUGUCAACAGACCAGACGUUUGACACCAUUGAGGAUGCUCGAGAUGCCUGUCUUUCCCACGGGAUGACUCUUUGUUCUCAGCAUCAAAUGCAGAACGUUUUCCCUGGAGAUGCUGGCAGCCAAGAGCCUGGAUGGACUCAGGAGACAGCAGCUCAAAUUACACGCCAGGAAUCUCGCGUAGCCUACUGCUGCAUCUUACAGACACAGGAAGACAAUGAACCCCAGGGGACGCUCUACAGAUCCAGGGACGUUAACCUGUUCAAAGGAUGCAGCAACCCACUUGGAAUGGAAGCUGGUACUAUCCUGUCUGACCAGAUAACAGCCAAUGCAGUGUUGUCUAUAGCGGGCGUCAUAGAAAACGCCCCUCACCACGCGCGCCUGAAUGGCAAGUCUUCCUGGAAGAUGCAAGCUAUAACCGAUAACGGUUGGAUUCUAAUAGAUCUGGGCCAGCAAAAACUUAUAACAGGUAUUGUGACGCAAGGUCAGAAUAACAGCUAUGUUACAUCAUUUACUCUAUACUUCAGCUCACGUGGCUUUGACUGGAGACCAUACAUGGAUGGCGUAAGAGAACUGCAGUUCAUGGGAAAUGUGGACGGUGAAACACCGAAUCACGUGUACCUUCCUCGUGCAGUCGCCGCGAGGUACGUCCGCUUACACCCCAAAACGUGGAACAAAAGCCCCAACUUGCGCCUUGAGAUCAUUGGUUGUAAACGCGACAAUUGUGAAAUCCACUCCAAUGUCGGAGCAGACUCGUUCUCUCCGUCUGAUAUCAAGUGUUGGGAGAAGGAAUGUAUUGUUGGAACUGGGCUGAACUACAGAGGUUUCCAAAAUGUUACAAACAGCGGACGAAAGUGUCAGAAAUGGGAUUCCCAUGACCCACAUGUACAUUGCACAACACCAUCAAACUUUCCCAAUGCCGGACUGGUCGAAAACUAUUGCCGAAAUAUGCCAGGUUCUCUGGCGAAAGUUCCGUGGUGCUUCACUGAAGAUCCCAAACGGCCAAGGGAGUUUUGUCCCGUAGACAUGUGUGAAGUCGGUUGUAUUGACUCCGGACUAGCCACGGUAGCAAACGACAACGACUGGAAGGGCUUUAUACAAAAUUCACAAACCGACGAUUUCUCUGAUAUCACUGACAUUUCAACGGCGUCAAAACACGAAGUAGAGGACCUGGGUCAUCAAAAGAAGGACUUAAUUCUGCAAUGCACAUUCGACAAGAAAAAGUGCUCACUGGAUGACUUCAAAGUAUCUCAAAACUCUAAAUAUGGCAACUGCUUCACCUUCAAUCAUGAUCAAGACAAUGUACUGGAAACGACAAAGAUCGGAGCUGGUUACGGUUUAAAACUCACGCUAAAUGUAGAAAUUAACGAGUAUAUCGGCAUCUUCGGACAGGAUCCCGGAGUAAAAAUCACCGUCCACACUCCAGGGUCAACACCUCUGCCUGAGGUCAAUGCACUCAGUGCUGAACCCGGAAAGAGCACGUUUAUUGGACUGAAGCGCAGAGUUGUAAACCGACAGCCUCAUCCUUACGGCAACUGUUCCUUGUCGACAGAGACCUCCCCCUUGUACGGUGGUAUCUACACGUACGAGACGUGUAAGCGGUCAUGCCUGCAGAAAGCUCUGAUCGAAGAAUGUGGAUGUUCAGAUGAACUCUUAGCCAUCAACACCACCAUCUGCAGUACCCUGAACGAAGCUCAAGAAUGCUGCCGACAGAAGGUACGUAAAGACCAUGAAAACAACAAGCUGGUUUGCCCUUGUUCUCAGCCCUGCCACGAGGAGUCGUACGAUGUGUGGGUAUCUUCGUCAUCGUGGCCGUCUGAGGCGUAUGCAGCGUACGUGCUAGAGAAGAUUCACACGCGGAGCAGAUCCAAGAAUCUACCAACCAACCAAGACUCCAUUCAAAAGAAUCUCGUUCGUCUACAUUUGUACUAUCAGGACUUGAACUACCAGGAAAUUAUGGAUAUACCAAGCUUCACCAAAGAAGGACUGUUCAGUAGUCUUGGAGGGCUGCUAGGACUGUACAUAGGUUUGUCUGUCAUCACGAUUUGUGAAUUUUGUAAUCUUAUCGUAGAUAUGGUGAAGGUAUUCAUUAAGUUCCGCAAGGCAAAGAACACGUUUGUUGAGUAGCACUCGAAAGACCACAAAAAGUAAAUUUUAUGUGCUACAUUCUUUACUGACUCCACAUCUAAUGUAAAGGGACGAAAAACAAGACGGAGUAAAAUGUGUCGCAUCAUAAUAUAAGAGAAUUGUUGAGGAUAGCAUGCAUGAUACAUAAUAUGUUACACUCCGAAAGCUUCAAUGCCAAUAAAACGCAUGUACUACAUAGUCUAGACGGCUGAAAGUGGUGUAAAACAAGUAUGCAUAUACUGUCUGCAUGUCAACCAUGUCCACAUCGUUAUAUAACACGGCAUCUGUCUACAUGUUGGGUAAUUCUCAUGUCUACAAACGUCUGUACAUACUUAUAUGUGAUCCUUUUAGAAUAAGGGCGUUUGUGAUGUAUUGUCCGUAUGAUAAUAAAAACUU